AGCACUGCUUCCGGUAAAUUGUCAUUUCCUUCAUAACAAGCGUCGAGAUAUCAUGCCAGGACAUACCAAAAACCGUUUUCUCCUCCUGUAUGGCUCGCAGACUGGCCAAGCUAAAGCCAUAUCAGAGGAGAUUUGUGAGAGAGCAGAAAAGGAGGGACUCCAUGCUGAGACGCAUUGUCUUAGUCAAACCGAAAAAAAGUUUAACAUAGAGAAAGAAAGAUGUGUUGUCAUCGUCACAUCAACAACCGGUGAUGGAGAGCCCCCUGACACAGCCUGUAAGUUUGUGCGGAGGUUGAAGAAGAAGACACUAGCGGAGGACCACCUUGCUGGGCUCCAUUACACCUUGCUAGGCCUGGGAGAUUCCAACUACACCAACUUCUGUAACUGUGGGAAGACAAUUGAUCGGCGUUUGGAGGAUCUAGGUGCUGUCAGAUUCUACAACAGCGACUGGGCCGAUGAUGCUGUGGGCUUGGAGGUUGUAGUGGAGCCAUGGAUUGACGGAUUGUGGGCUGCUCUCAGAAAAUUUUUGGAUUUACCAGAACCUGAUGAUCCAGGAAGGUCUGAAGUUGUUGAGUGUUGUGAGAACUCUGAUAACAACACCUCCAUCCCAUCAGGGGACACACAAAGUAAUAUCCAGUCAAGUCUUCGUCAGAAUGGGAACACAUCUCUUGAAGCAACAGAAUCUCAAGUCCCUGCCAUGACUGACCUGUCAAGGGAGACAACUGUGACCAGUGUGACUGAUUCUGUGACAGCCUUGACUUUAAAUGAUGACAAGAAUAAUCAUAUAAAAAAUAGCAAUACACCUUCACAUACUUCAGAGGUUUUGAUUAUUGAUCAAAACAAUUUACUCAACAGGACUAAUAAAGAGACUUCAUUAGCAGCUCAGAAUAGGACUGAGAAUUCAGCUCAGAAAGGGACUGACCAGUCAGCUCAGAAUGUGUCCAUAGAAAAGCAGACAGUCGCAUCUACCUCUGACACAACGCAAGGAGACUGUUCCGUCUCCACCUGUGUACCGAGUCUGUGUGUUUCUGUUCCGCCACUGUGUGAGAGUGAUCUGUCUGUUCCAGCUCUCCCGCCUGCGUUCCUCACCUGCACCCAUAUGCCCGAGAACACUUUGGAUACAACUUCAUUGCCAAUGCAAAAUGGCUCUAAGUUUCCGUCUGCUUCAAGUGAUGUCGCCAUGGUUACUGUUGAAGAUGCAGAAGUCCUCACAAGGGAUGAUGCUGUCAAGAAGACCUUGCUGCUCUCUUUAAACACUGAGGGGAGUGGGCUGACUUAUGAGGCUGGCGAUGCUGUGUCUGUCGUCUGCCCUAACGACCCUCAGGAAGUGGACAGGCUGUUGGACAGACUUGAUCAUGCAAGUGAUGCUGACUCAACUGUAGAGCUGAGUGUGAUCCCGGGGACCAAGAAGAAGAAUGCUACCAUUCCUGCUCACAUUCCUCCUCUGUGCUCCCUCAGACACAUCUUCCUCACAUGUGUCGACAUCCGGGACCAACCCAAGAAGGCACUGCUGAGGAUAUUUGUGGAGUUUACAAGCGAUGAUUGUGAAAAACGACGUCUCCAGGAACUUUGCAGCAAACAAGGAGCGGGAGAUUACGCUACUUUCAUCCGAGAGUCCAGAUUGUCUCUACUGGAUGUUCUUACUGCCUUCCCCUCAUGUCACCCGCCGGUGGAGAGGGUCAUCGAACAACUCCCCAGACUUCAGCCCAGGCCUUAUUCAGUGUGCAGUUCUCCUCAGACACAACUCAACAGACUCAACAUUGUCUUCAACAUCGUGUGCAUCCCUGGCACUGAUGGAAGAUCAGCCCCCAGGAAGGGUGUGUGCACUGGUUGGCUGGAUACUAUCACCAUGGCAACACAAACCAACGACAGUUGUCAGAACAAGGAGGGGAAUGAUCUCAAGGUUCCCAUAUUUACACGCACCAAUCAGCUUUUCCGGUGUCCAGAAGAUGUUUCUGUGCCCAUCAUUCUGAUUGGUCCAGGAACAGGCGUUGCUCCCUUCAUUGGCUUCCUCCAGCAUAGAGCAUGGCAGAGGAGCCAGUCAGAAGCAGACGUGCCAUAUGGGCAGACGUGCCUAUUUUACGGGUGUCGACAUCAAGACAGAGAUUACCUCUUCAGGAAAGAGUUACAAGAGUUUCAAGAAUCAGGAGUCCUCAGCCAUCUGUUUGUCAGCUUCUCCAGGGAUGGUCAGCCGGAAGGCUCCCCCAGAUAUGUACAAGACCAGCUCCUGCAGCAAGGGGAGCUAACUCUAGAUCUGAUUGAGAAACAGGGUGCUGUUGUGUAUGUAUGUGGUGAUGCUCGCAACAUGGCCAAAGACAUAACCAAUGCCUUUGUACAGAUUUUGAAGGAACAUCAGGGUAUGAGUGACACUGAUGCCUCAGGGUACCUGAUGAAGAUGAGACUACACAAGAAGUAUCUAGAAGAUGUGUGGACAUAGACUGGCGGACAGACACAGUCAAGACAUGUGGACAUAGACUGGCGGACAGACACAGUCAAGACAUGUGGACAUAGACUGGCGGACAGACACAGUCAAGACAUGUGGACAUAGACUGGCAGACAGACACAGUCAAGA